AUGGCUGGCGAUUUCUUGAAGAGCCACGGUAUCGAUAUCGACGCGGAGAUGGCUCGAAUACAGAAUGCUGGUGGCAUUGGUGAUCCGCAAGCAGCAAUCGACAUCCACAAUGUAUCGUUACCGCAAACACAGCCAGACAGUCUAUGGAAUGUACGCAUUCGCGAUCAGAACAUCGAGAAGAUUGUCCCUGCAGAAUACCAGCUGGAGAAUGCACAGAACAGCAUCAACGGUGCAAGUGCUCUGCUAGCUCCAUCCCUCUGCCACCCCCACAUUCAUCUUGAUAAGGCUUUCCUGCUAUCUCAUCCCAAAUAUGCUCAUCUCAAUAUCGAGAAAGGAGAUUUUCAAGAAGCAAUGACAUUGACGGGUCAGGCAAAGUCAGAAUUCGAGCACGAUGAUCUGCUCGAGCGAGGCCAGCGAGUCGUCGACGAAAGUGUUGCUGCUGGCGUAACGCACAUGAGAGCAUUCGUGGAGCUCGAUGCUGGUGUUGGUGAAAAGUGUCUAGAUGCCGGCAUAGCCUUACGCAAGCAGGCAGCGAGAGAGAAGAUAUGCCACGUCCAGCUGUGUGCUUUCGCUCAGCUUCCCCUCUUCUCGCCCGCGCAGAGCGAUGAAGAUGGAAGCGUGAUCAGAAGUCUCAUGCGCCGAGCUGCCGGCAAUGACGAAGUAGAAGCAAUCGGCAGUACUCCCUAUGUCGAGACUGAUCGAGAGAAGAUGAAGAAGAAUGUCGAAUGGAUGGUCGAACUGUCAAUCGAGUACAACAAACAUCUGGAUUUCCACCUUGAUUACAAUCUUGAUCCUGAGAAUGAACCUUUGAUCUGGCAUGUUAUUGAUACCCUGCAAGCGACAAGAUGGAACGAGAAGACCAAAGAUCGAACUAUCGUACUUGGUCAUUGUACUCGACUUACGCUUUUCAACGACAGCGAAUGGGUCGAGCUUGCUGGAGCCAUCAAGGAUGCCGAUCUGCCAGUCUCAUUCGUUGGCCUUCCGACAAGUGACCUCUUCAUGAUGCGUACUGGCCAAACUCCUGAAAUUCGCGGUACUCUUGAUGUCCCGAAGCUUGUCAAGCAAUAUGGCUUGAAUACUUGUAUCGGCGUGAAUAACAUCGGUAACGCAUUCACACCUCAGGGGUCGUGCGAUCCGCUAAGCCUCGCAAGCCAAGCAGUGGGUGUACACCAGGCGGGCACUGCACAAGAUACUGAGCUACUCUACGAGUGCGUCAGUACCCGCGCGAAAGCAGCGAUCGGUGUCGGUGGAUCGAGUCUGCACAAGACACGCUUGGCGAUCCAGAAAGACGACAGAGCAGAUUUGCUGCUCUUCGGUGCAGCAGACCAGAAAGACUUGUGGCGAACUCGAAAGGCCGUCAGCACUGCAAUCUACCUGUACGAUCACUGCAAGGGCAGGAGAGGCUUCUACAAAGGUACUUUGCAAGCUUGA